UUGUAGUAUGACUAAUUCACGUCAACCGUUAUUAAAAGAACCGGCAUAUUGAGUCGGCUCAGUAACGAACGCCACAUUACAUACGAUGCUGCUAGCACACCAGGAAAGCUAUUUUUAUUUGUUGUGUAAGCUUUCAGCACGUUAGUAUUCAAUUACGGUUCUUGCAGCUUUAACCACAUUUAUAUUUUCCCGAAGUAUGCAGCCAGGUGAAAAGUUAGAAAAGGUCAUUUUUAUUGAACCGGCUUCAGCAUGACAGAAAGAACAAGCAAAGACAAACCGAGGCGAAGCUUGUCAUUGAAAAAGAAGAAAGGCGAUGCUAAAGCUGGGUCUUCUUCUACAACGAAAACCCCGAUCACCAACUUCUUCAGCAGCCAGCCUCCACCGAACCUGGCCUGUCCCCUCUGUGGACAAUUAGUCCCAAGAUUCAAGAUCAAUGAUCAUAUCGAUUUGCAGUGUCAGAACUUUGAUAGAGGAGACAGCACUGCAGCUUCUGGAGGUAGGAAUGAUUAUUCAGGGGUCCAGCUGUCACCUGGAGGCAGUCUGUCAAAGUCCCCUGAGACGGACCAGAAAGAGGACACCAAAACUAAAACCAGUCCUUAUUUUAAGAAGAAUAACUCCCAGCAAACUCCACGGGACAUAAACAGUAAAACUGUGGUCAGAACCAUUGACCUAGGAAGUCUGUCUUCAAAGUUAUCCAGAAAAUAUCUCAAGAAAAAUGCAGAAAUUAGCAACACAUCUGAUCCGAUUAGCUCCGCGGAGUCGACCAGCAGCUCCCAAAAGGAAAAUGUCCAGACAUUAGAAGACAACAAUGACUGUACUUCAGCAGAGACAGAAGCUCCAUCACCUGUAGAAAAACAAUCAGAUCAAUCAGUGAUUUCAUCUAAACAGCCACCUUCACCUGCCAAGCAAACGAAGAGAAAGAAGAAAGCCACGUUUAGCGUCAAGGGAUCUUUUAUCAGAAAGAAAGCGAAAUAUGAAGGUAGCAGUGGAGAGGCAUCGUCUCGUCUUGAUCCAGAGGACACAAAUACAGAAGGACAGGAAUCUGACAAGCCUUUCAGUUCAGAGGAGUUGUCUGAGAAGAGGGAUGCAGAUGUAAAGGUAGAAACCGCUGAUGCCCAAUCACUUCCCUACUACCUGCGUAACUUCCGGACCGUGCUGCACGCGGUGUUGGAGAAUGAGGACGACAGGAUGCUCUUCAACCAGGAGGACAUGUCGGCCGUACAGGGAUUUCAGAGCUUGUCAGUUAUGGCUCAGAAGCUGUAUGUGAGGCUCUUUCAGAGGAAACUGAAGUGGCUGCAGGUAAAUAAACUGGAUUAUGGAGAGAUCUGCAGUGAUCUGGGAUCUGUUGCACAGGAACUGGCUCAAAUAGGUUUUCUACAGACAGAAAAGGACCUCGAGGAUCUUGUGGAGGCUCUGGAUCUGCUGCCGGCUCCUGAACUCAAAGCUCUUGCUAAAACUUUCCAUCUGGGCAGUUCUGGCACCCAAAAACAGCAGCUGGUCGACGGGCUUCUCCGUCUGAGCAGGCAGAAGUCUUUCUUCUCUCCGGCCUCCAGUCAGAGCAAAGUUGGGACAGUUAUUCUGAAACGGGCGAAGCAGCUUGCAGGCUCCUGUGUGCGUCUGUCUCGCGGGCCUCGGGCCGUCUUCUCCCGCAUCCUGCUGCUCUUCUCUUUGACGGACACGAUGGAUGAGGAGGAAAUGGCAGCUGGAGGUCAGAAUCAGCUUUUCACCAUCCUGUUGGUGAACUCGGGUCGUCUGGCGUUUCCGGACUACGCCGUGCAGCGAGAGGCCAAAGUGUUUCGAGAUAGAGAGGAUCUCAUCAGGUAUGAAGCGUCCAUGCGUGCCCUUAUAGAGGUCACCGUGGCGAUGCAGGGGGGUCAGUGGGAUCAGGCCCUGCAGCUCUACACCUCUGCCAAAAAAACCUGGAUUGAGCUCAACAGCAACCAUGACCUGAGUCACCAGGAAGAGCUGCCAGUGUUCCUCCGCAGCUUCACUACAGGAUGGUCUUACACACGAAUCUUAUCCAGAGGAGUGGAGAUUUUACAAAGGCUGCGUCGCUAUGAGGAAGCAGUAGAAGAGCUGCAGGCCCUACUAAAGCAGACCGUUUACUGUCCUGACAGCCGGGGCCGAUGGUGGGACAGGCUGGCUCUGAACUUUCACCAGCACCUCAAAAAACCGGAUCAAUGUUACCACACGAUGAGUGUAUAUCCUAUUAGCGCUAAAGGCUACUGUGCCAAAGUCGUUGCAGUUUAG